AUGGUAUCAAUGGACAUACUAUUUAAAAAUUCAGAUGCUCUACGCAUAUUAUCUCCAAAAAAAGAGAAGAAUCGAAUUCUUACGAACUUGAAAAGAAACUCUAAGGCAGCUUUAAACAGAUUAGGGCUUACGGAAAAUAAUUUGAGUGGAAAAGGUUCGUUACUUGAUAUUCUUAUCAACAUAGGAAUUGUGACUAGCUUAAAAGAUAGCAGUAUAAGAAUGGUAUCUUUUGAAUCUGAUAAGAAGGAUACAGGUGUUUUCAGAAACUGCUAUUAUCCUGAUUUUGAGAUUGAUGCUGAAAUGGAACAAGAAUUAUCUCAGCCACUUGCUGCGAAUGUUAUACCAACUUAUGAGGAGGGUGUAAUAGAUGAUGGGGAAACUCUAACUGAGGCUGAAGAUGCUCUCAAUGACGUAUCUAAUGUGCCAUCUCAAUUUAAUACUUUAAAUAGUAUUAACACUCUAAUAAACUCAUAUACAAAGACAUCUCUAUAUUCUUCUAGAAAAGGUGGUGUUUCAGAUGUUCGUUUAAAAGAGUCUGAAAUUGAAGACAUUAUCUUAGGUGUUAUCGAAUUUAAUGAACUUAUUAAAGGUCGAUUAAAUCAAGAAGAUGUCAAUGCAUGUAAUCGCUUAUGUGUAUUCUUUACUGUUGAUAUGCCUUCAUCAAUCGUUUCUGAAAAGCUUAUAGAUGUGAUAUUCUUAGAUGGAACACAUUUAGCAGGUAAAUUUCAAACAUUACUUACACUAGUUGCAACUACAACAGAAAACAGGUCAUACCCAAUCGCUCACAUGCUUGUUCAAGGAGGAGAGAAAUAUAGAGAAGCACGUCAAUUCUUGUGGUUGACCAAAAAGUAUGUUCCACUUUCUUGGGAUAGAAUUCAGGUAAUGUGCGAUCAAAGUCGUGCAUUAGAAAGUGCAAUUACUAGCGUAAUGGAUAGGCCAUAUCUAACCUGUGGUGUUCAUCUAGUUAAAAAUGUGGUAAAAUGGACGAAGGGUAAGGUUGUUGCCAAGUUUAGAAACUUAUUGCAUACACUAGACGAAGCCACGUGUAAUGAUAAUUUAAAGUGUCUUGUCCAGGCGUUUUAUUCGAGCGCUAAGGCCAAUCAGAAUUCCACUUAUAAUAAAAUAACUAGUAUGAAAGAAAAAUUUGCUACGUUUACAAGAAAAAAUCACUUUGAACAGUUUUCAACCAACCCAGUUGAACAGUUUCAUAGUUUGAUCAAGAUGUUAAAGAGAACUGGUACUAACAACCUGAUUAAUAAUUUACUGGCAAACCAAGGCUCUUGUAUAAAUACUUUAGUCGAUGAAAACUGGCGAACUUCAAUUGAAAUGACAAAUUUUGGGAUUUGUAUCAUUUCGUGCCAGUUAGCGUUAGCUAGUUGUUUUGAAGUGAUCUCUAAACCUUCGGACCAUGAUGUUUAUACUUUGCAAUUCGUCACUAAAACAGAUAUUAAAAAGAUGUACGAAGCAUAUAUGAGAACUCUAGGAAGAAAAGCUAAUUAUACAGAUUCAAGGUACGCAUGCUUGAAGUCUUUGAAGAACUGUGGACAGCCCGUUGUUGUAAAAGGGAAUUAUUGCUCUUUGUGUCCAAGCCCUGGUUACUAUUAUUGUCCACACGUUUUUGCCACUAAACUAUUUAAACAUUUCCCUUCAAUAUAUGAAGGGCUGCAAUGUCAACCUAUUUUGCAGGAUCUAAACCUACUAGGUAAUCUUAAUAUUAAUGUGAAAGAAUGUAUUGAAUACUUCGGUAUACAUUCCGUUUUAUAUCGAUGA